AUGAAUAGAAAUAAUUUUCCACUUGAAAAUGCAGAUUUACAAAGGGCAACAAUUGCAAGUCAAGCAUUUUAUGCCGAUGCAAAGGAACAAUCAAGAACGAGAUCACCGUGGAUUUUAAAACGAUUGUAUGAAUGGUCACAUCGAGCCAAGAGGCGAGAAAUAAUAAAACACGUACAAGCAGCAUUGGAAACAUCCGGAGAUCCUGAAUUCAAUGAUGAAGAAUUGGAAAAAUUACUUCUGGUCAACUGGGAUGAAAUAUUUGCUGUCAAUGCGGAAAAUUUGGAAUCGAUGGAUAAAAAACGUUUGCAAGCAGUGUGGGAGUUAUUUCAUAGGGAAUUAAUAUUCUUUCACAAGCAACUUCUCGUUUUGAGAAAUGUUUACAAAGAACCGCUGAAAAAAUGUCAGGUUGAGGGAUGCUUAUUAACUGUGGAACCGGAUUUACUGUUCGGAAAUCUUGACCAAAUAUGCCGGAUAAGCUGGUCAUUUUGUAAGUCAUUUCUUAAAAUAUUGAAUGAAGUUGGCACAGUUGGCGAAAAUAAUAAUUACAAUACAACCGAUCUUAUUUUUUCCAAAGGACCAUCAACAAUAUCGGCUUACCAGGCAUACUGCAUUAAUUAUAAGGCUACAAUGGAAUAUUUGGGAUUAAUACGGGAAAAAGAGGAACGUUUCACAGAAUUCGAACGGAUAUGUCUAACAGAUCCGCGCUGUGAACGGCUACAACUGGAAGAUUUGCUGAUAGCGCCAUUACAGCAUAUUACAAGACUGCCUAUUUUGUUGAAAGAAAUUCACAAAUAUACCAAAGACAGUGGUGAUAAAGGACGGAUUGAAAAAGUUGUCGAAAAUAUGAACGAAUCAUUAAGAUCGAUAGAUGAUUCCGUCCAAUGGUUGCACAAUUUCGAACGGUUACAGCAACUUCAAAAUUCAGUCAUUUGGCCAUCAGUUAUUGAAUUGGAAACACGAACGUUUAUUCCAGAGUUCUUACGGGUAGCGCUAUCCAGACAAUUCUGCGAGAAUCUUUUGGCGCAUCCAAGAAGAAAAUUGAUUCAUGAGGGUCAUUUAGAGCUUGUUGAAAAUGGUAGAACGUGUGACUGUUACGCGUUCUUAUUCAACGAUAUGUUUCUAUUAACGAAAAUGAAGAAAUGCGCCAAAAUUAAAAAAGGCAUGACGCAGUUGACGAAAUCAGAACAAUAUGUUGUCCAAAAGCAGCCAAUACCGCUGGACUCUUGUGUCUUUUGUGAUGCUGAUUCUAACGAUUCCACUACUAGUAUGUCAUUAAAAUUUGCAUUUGUGAUAAUACACCUCACACGGUACUACCAAGUGGUGUCGAUUUUUACCUUACAAGCUGCUAACAAGCACGAUAAAGAGUUAUGGAUUGCAAAAUUCCAAGAAUCAAUUGAAAACUAUGAAUCGAUCCAGUUGAAAGAUAUGUUAAAAUGUACCCCACUUUACUCCAGUUUAUCCUUGCGGCGUUGUUCGUCAUCUCGUCUAAUGCAACCCAAUACUCGUACCUGUCAAAAUCCCAGUGAUAUAAAACCAUCACAUUCCGAUGUACAAUUGGAAAGACCGGUAGAAAAUGAAGAAGUGAACACAAAGGACCAACACUUCAAAUCAGAAUUAGUGGAUGCGACUACUAAUAUUCAUGGUUUGGUACCAUCAUCAGAUAUACAGACAAUGCAACUGGACAUUGAAACUAUUUGA